AUGGCUUCUAUAGCAGAGAGUGAAGAGGCAUCGCCAGGCAUAUACAUACCAGAGGAAUGGUCAGAGGCUGCAGACUCGGUAGCAUACGAUUCCACCACUUCACCACCUCCUAUUGCCUUUGUCUGCGGCCCUAAAAACUGUGGCAAAACCACCUUCUCUCGUUACCUCCUCAAUGUUCUUCUCCAAAGAUAUAAAAGGGUAGGUUAUUUGGAUACAGAUGUUGGGCAGCCCGAGUUUACUACUCCUGGUUUUUUAUCCCUCACUGUGGUUGACAAACUAACUCCAGAUUUGACCAUUCCGUGUCUGAAGACACCAGAGAGAUGUUUUUUCUUUGGUGAUGUUUCUUCCAAAAGGGAUCCAACAGCAUAUCUGAAAUGUAUAUUUACCCUAUAUGACUUCUAUCGAAAGGAGUACUGUAAGAGUGAUGGCCCUGCUAAGAAUGAAUUGCCUCUUGUUGUUAACACACCUGGUUGGGUAAAAGGUGUUGGGUAUGAUAUAUUGGUAGAUAUGUUGAGGCAUAUUGCUCCUACCCAUGUGGUUAAGAUAAACAUAACUUCUGAGAGAAAAAAUCUGCCAGAUGGGAAAUUCUGGUUAGAUGAUGAUUAUGGUGGGGAGGUUAAUCUAAUUGAGAUUGGUUUGGCUCGUCAAGACUCGUUCAAUAGAUCGGUUCCAAUACAAAAGGAUGCACGCCUUUUGCGAGAUUUACGAAUAAUGGCUUACUUUAGACAGUGCUUUCCGAGUAACCUGAAUAUCACCACAAUCAAGGAACUUGCAAAUGCUCUUGCCUCUCACCCUCCUUAUCAAGUUCCAAUAUCAAGCAUUAAAAUCAAGCAUCUCCAUUGUCAGGUCCCACAUACUGAAGUCUUCUACAGUUUGAAUGCAACCAUUGUUGGUUUGGCAGUUAGUUCUGAACAGUCAGAAAAUUUACCUUGGUGUAUUGGUCUUGGAAUUGUUAGGGGAAUCGACACAUUCAAAGGUUUGCUCUACUUAAUCACACCAGUGCCGCUAAGCCUUCUGGAAAAAGUUGAUCUUCUUCUGCAGGGAUUUAUCCAUAUUCCUACUUGCUUAUUGCAGGUGCAAGGAUGCAUGUCACCUUACAUGUCUGCGAAUGUUUUGGCCACAAGCUAA